GCUUGGGAUGAGCCUGGGAUGAAUUUGGGAUGAGCUUGGGAUGAACAUUGUUCCAGGUUCAAUAAGAGCUGGAGCUCGAUCCCGGACGACGUGCGGCUGAAGCUGAAUUUCGAGGGCGCGGGGCAGCUCAGCACGACCGAAUUCAACUCCAUCCCGGCGGAGGUCUUCAGGACCCUCGGGGCCGCCAGAGAUUUCCUGAAGAACAUGACCUCGGACCAGCUGUCGGUGGCUGCGGAGAAGGUCCUCCGGGACGACGGGGCCAGCGCCGGCGAGAACCUCGCGACGGUGGGCCGGAUGCUGCGGACCAGCGGCCGCACCCUCCCCCAGGACAAGGUCACGUCCCUGAUCCAGAAGGCCCAGGCCCAGUUAAGCCUGAACGGCGCGGACGGGACGGCCGCGAGGCUGCGGAACGCCGUGCGGAACAUGGCCGCGGCGAUGCCCGACCCCUCGCAGUGGACCUCGGCCUCCGUGGACCGGAUGGGGAGCAUGGUGCUGCUGCUCGACAGGGAUCAGCUGCUCAAUGUCACCAAGGAGAACCAGCAGAAGAUG